GUUUCCCAGGCCCCCUGAGCACCAUGUCCGCGCCUCCCGCCAGCAACGGGGUAUUCGUGGUCAUCCCGCCCAGCAACGCCAGCGGCCUCCGCCCGCCUCCCGCGCUUCUGCCCCCCUCCAUGUGCCAGCCUCCAGGGGUCGUGCAGUUCGAGGAGCCACCGCUGGGGGCGCAGGCGCCCAGGGCCACCCCGCAGCCGGACCUGCGUCCAGUGGAGACAUUUCUGACCGGAGAGCCCAAAGCUUUAGGGACGGCGCAGAUCCUCAUCGGCCUCAUCCACCUGGGCUUCGGCAGCGUSCUGCUCAUGGUCCGCCGSGGCCACCUGGGGAUGCUCUUCAUCRAAGGCGGCGUCCCCUUCUGGGGAGGAGCCUGCUUCAUCAUCUCUGGGUCCCUCUCUGUGGCAGCCGAGAAGAACCACACCAGCUGCCUGGUGCGGAGCAGUCUGGGGACCAACAUCCUCAGCGCCAUGGCGGCCUUUGCUGGAACGGCCAUUCUGCUCAUGGAUUUUGGUGUCACUAACUGGGAUGUGGGCAGGGGCUAUCUGGCAGUGCUCACCAUCUUCACCAUCCUGGAAUUCUUCAUCGCAGUCAUUGCCACCCACUUUGGGUGCCAAGCCACACGUGCCCAAGCCAACGCGUCUGUGAUUUUCCUGCCAAAUGCCUUCAGCACAGACUUCAACAUCCCCAGCCCAGCAGCCUCCCCGCCCCCUGCCUAUGACAAUGUGGCAUAUAUGCCCAAGGAGUCCUCCGAGUAGCAAGCUGUGACUCACACAGGUUGGAGUCCAGCCUUUACCCUCUCUUCCGACUCUCCCCACCCCCGCCUUGCUCAUAGAGGGCAGCCCUUCCCCAGGUGUCCCCUCCAAGCCACACAYGUGGUGGCACUAAGUGUUCCCCAGGGGUUUCUUUCCAGGGUUCAUGUCCUUCAGUCCCUGAGCCCUGCCCACCCUUCCAGGGAUGUCCCCUGGUGCUGCUCRGGGUUUCUCUCUGCUCCCUGGGGGAAAUCCCGACCUCGGUGGAGACUCAGAUUGAGACCUAGCCUAGCCCACAGGACUUUGGAAGGUCAUUAAGUUCAGAACCCAGAAUGUUCCAGAAUGUUGUGGUACACAGUGAAGCUGUCCUCCCUUCCCAGGGUGGCUGGGGACCCUUCUGUGCCUUUCCCUGCUCCUCCCCCACCCCCACUGCCUGAGGAACAAGGCUGUCCCUGAAGGUGUCCAUGGGACCUGGACUGGGUCUCCUAGGGACGUGGACGACACCUUCAGCCCAGUAUCCACAGGUCCUGGUGCGUGGU